UAAUUAUACCAAGUAUAAAUAAAUGCAUAGGUAGUCAUAAAUUGUAUUAUUGUAUUUUACGUCCGUGAGAUUGCGUUUCCUGCACAUGGAUGAGUAUACAAAAUAUAUAUACCUACAUGCAUACAAAAAAUAUGCAAUGUGUUGACUCAUGUCUAGAAGUUUUGUAUACACAUGUACAGUGCAGAUAAAUGACGAUACUUUUUAAUCUAUGUAUAUACUGUUAAUUAUUAAAAAAAUAAAUAUAAUUGGGUAAUCAGAAAACUUAGCAUAAACAAAUGUCGAGCUCAGAGUUUAUUGCUACAGACACAAUUGACGGUGUCUGGCCUUUUUUGCAAAGUAUUGAAUGGAAAGAUCCAUGGCUAGCAAUUUUAUUAGCGUUUCAUGUCGCCGUAACAAUGACUGCCUUGAUGACCAGAAAUCACGCUAACUUCCAGAUUAUAUUAUUUCUAAUUCUUCUACUCUUAGUCUAUUUCUCAGAAAGCAUAAAUGAAGUUGCUGCCAGUAAAUGGAUGUUAUUUUCAAAACAACAAUACUUUGAUUCUAAAGGCCUUUUUAUAUCUAUAGUAUUUUCUGUUCCAAUAUUAAUGAACUGUAUGAUAAUGGUAGCAAGUUGGCUUUACCAAUCCAGUCAAUUAACAACAAAUUUAAAAAGAGCUCAACUUCGACAGCGAGCCAAGAUUCGCCAAACUAUUGAAAGCCCGCCUACCACGACCAACAAGUCAAAGGACGAAUAAUUAUGAUUUCUAGUCAAAAGUAAUUGAUUACUUAUUAAAAUAAUUAUUUAAAUUUCAAAUAUUAUCAUUUAAUAGACAGCGGAUUUUACCAACAAGAAAACGUGAUUUAUUAAGCGUUGACCAUCGGAAAUAUUAAUUGAAAAAAAAAAUUCAUUUUAUAUUAUAUAAGCUUUAUUUUAGAAUACUAAAAUACGUUACUAUUUUUAAGUUGCGUUAUCUUAUUAUUAAUCUACGCGAAAAGAAUAUAUAUCAUAGGUUAUAAUAGUAAGAUUAAUUUAAGAAUGAAAAAAAAAAAAAACGUGACUUAUUAGUUAUUAAUUGGCACUAAAAUCUAGUAUGGUACGUAAAAAUAGUUUUGUACAUUUUUGUCAAGAUCGUUGAUGCGUAAUAUUUAUAAAUUUAAAAUCAUAGAUGAUUAUUAUUUGUGAUAUUUU